UAAUGCCCGAGUCCAUUACGUCAUUUGUUUUCCCUGCUCACGCGGCUCCAGGGGUGGGACCUGGAGCCGGACUGAACAUGGCAGACGAGGAGGACUCGGGGCCGGAGCCCAGUGCUGCCUCGUCCCCAAAGAGCCCGCACACGGCGCGGCCGCACUUCGUGUCUUUCUCCGAGAGUGUCCAACCCGCCGUCGGGAUGAUGAGCCAACUCCUGACCCAGCCCUCGUCCCUCAAGUUUGAUAAAAACAUCAAACAGGCCUUCUACAACACCGGGGCCAUGAUCUUCGUGGCGAUCUGCUGCGGGGCGGCGGUGUUGGUCUUCUUCAUCCUGGAGGCCUUCCUCAGGCCGCUCCUGUGGGCCGUGCUCUGCGGGACUUUCCUUCACCCCUUCAAACACUCACUGGCCCGCCUCGGCCGCUCGUGGCUCAGCGGGCUGCAGGACACGGGCACCCCCAUAGUGCUGGGCACGCUGCUCGUGCCCGUGUGGUGUGUGAACUACGGCGUGGACGCCAUGGGCCGCCUGGUCAUGCAGAAGCUGACCGUGCUGCUGGUGAUCGGAGCCGGGGCGCCCCUGCUCUACUGCCUCUACCUGUUCUGGAGCGUGGUGGGCAUGCAGGCCGUGCUGGGGCACUUCUGUGGGGUAGUUGGGGCAGUACUGGACUGUUUCCACUUAGUGUGGGUGGGCACUAUAGUGGUGGGGUAUCUCUUAACCGUGUGCUUUAAGUGGAGCCCGAGCACAGAGCAGUACCUGAGGGCCCUCGCUCUCCCCGUCUGGGCCAUUUUGCUCUUCUACAUUGUGUCACUUACUGGUUCUUGGAGAGUUUUCAUUUUUGUGGUAGUAGUGGCCCUCCUCAUUGUGGGUUCUCAAGAAAAGCCCCCUGUCCCUGGAAAAGGAGAGUUGCCAGGGCAGAUGUUGUCAUUUGCAGCUAACACUAUUUACAUGGCAAUCUCAUGUAGCAAUCUCCAGCCGAAAACUGAGCCUGGUGGAACUUGUACAACAGAUGGUGUAGAGUCUGUGGGUCCCAGUCACCUCCCUCCCACCCCGGGUCUUCCUCGCCGCUCACGGACCUUCUCCGCUGGCUUCUUCCAGAGGGAGAAGAGCACUCACAAAGCCAGUGAUAUCUACUUCAUUCUCCUGGUGUGGGCCAUCGUCCUGGUUCAGAUCUGGCUCAACCUCUGGAUCCUGCAGCUGCUGCCCAUCCCUGUUGCUGUGUAUGUCCUGAAGAAGUUGGUGGUCCACUUUGGCCUGAAGAGCUUUUUGGAGCGUACCCUGAGCGCAUGGUGGACAGUGGUGGAGGGCUUUGGACGAGAGCGAGAGGAGGCACUGCUGCCAGGACCCAUCAAAGGCCUGGCUCAGUUCUUAUUACGAGUCGACACAAAGCUGUGGCAUUGGCUUAACGAGCAGAUGGUCGUGUGGUUAGAGCGCUCCUUGGACAAAAUCAUCAGCAUCUUCAUCAUCUUCCUCCUCGUCAUGGGGGCAUUGUUAAUGGCUCUGUUGCUCACAGCUAUGGUUCAUCAUGAAAGUGUUCACAUAAUUGAAGUCACAAGCAACCUCAUCAAUGAGACCGUCUCUAACCAUCCGGAGUGGGCCAAUUGGCUUCCUGAGGCUCGUGUUGUCCAAAAGGCCUUGAACUCAGCUGCUACAAAUGUGUAUCAACACGGUCGAGAAUACAUAACACAAAAACUUCAUAAGAUGUUAGGAGAGAAAGUGAACAACACAGCGGUAAUAGAGAAACAGGUUUUGGAGCUGUGGGACAGACUCUACCACUCCUGGUUUGUCAAGAAUGUGACCCACUCUGGUCGCCACCGGGGGCAGAAGUUGGCGCACAGACAGGGCAGCUGGCUGGUGGACAUACUCGACUGGAAGGACAUCGCCUCCUUUUUACAAGAAAAUAUUGAAACUCUGCUCUCUAUUUUGGAGUCUCUUUGGAUUGUGAUGAGCAGAAAUGUGGGCCUCCUCAUCUCCACCACGACCACUCUCCUCACUGUGUUGUUUCACAGCGGCACUGCGCUGCUCAACUUCGCUUUGAGUCUGGUGAUCUUCUUGACCACUCUGUUCUAUUUACUGAGCUCAAGUGGAGAGUACUACAAACCGGUCAAAUGGGUCAUCAGCCUCACUCCACUGUCUCAGCCUGGUCCCUCUUCCAACAUCAUCGGCCAGUCUGUGGAAGAAGCCAUCAGAGGAGUUUUUGAUGCCUCCCUGAAAAUGGCCUGUUUUUAUGGCCUCUACACCUGGCUCACUCACACCAUUUUUGGCAUCAACAUUGUUUUCAUUCCCUCUGCUCUGGCCGCCAUCUUGGGAGCGGUGCCGUUCUUGGGGACCUACUGGGCCGCGGUGCCGGCUGUGUGUGAUCUGUGGCUUGCUCAGGGCGAGGGGGUCAAGGCUCUGCUGCUGCUCGUUUUUCAUCUGCUACCCACCUAUUUCGUGGACACGGCCAUCUACUCUGACAUCUCCGGAGGGGGUCACCCGUACCUGACCGGCCUGGCAGUGGCUGGGGGGGCGUAUUACUUGGGUUUGGAGGGGGCUAUCAUUGGACCCAUUCUGCUGUGCAUCCUGGUGGUAGCUGCUAACAUCUACAGUGCCAUGCUGAUGAGCCCCUCCUCUGGUCUGCCCACUCCUGUACAGCCCAACUGGCCCUCACACCCCAUCAGGGUUUUUGAGUCCACUCCAGUCAUGAAGAAACCCAGUGAUUGACGAACACAUUCAUAACCACAUUUAGUUAAUUUUGGCCAAUUAAGAGGACAACACUUCUUCCCCUCCGCAGCAGUUGUGCACUAAAAGGUUGAGCUGACCAAGACUUUUGGGAGUUGUUCGUGAUGAUGUCUUCUUCACCAACUUUAUAUUUCCCAGCAAUAUGACAUCAGCGGCCCGUGUGUGAGUGCUCAUCCUAAUCCAGAAAUCCUAAUUGUACCCUUUAUAACUGGGAUUAACAAAGACGCUGAUCCUAAUUGCUUCCCAUUUGUGCCUAAAUCCCUACAAUUUGUAACUUAUAAAUUGUAAAGUGGUUGCAAGGUUUGUAGUGAACUGUACAAUAAUCUUCUUCUACAAAUCUCCCUAUGCCCUCACUGUACUGAAGCUACAGUGUGUGAUGCCAGUACUCCCUACCUCUGCAGUUGAACCUAGUUUGUACAUUCUAGGGCUGGGUACCGUUCAACAGUUACAUAAUUGAUAACUUUGCUGCCAAAAGUGCUAAAAUGUGGUUUCAAAUAUCUUGAUAGAGAUUCAAGAAUUGCACAAUGAUUAAAUGACUAUAAGUAACCACAGAAGUACAGAAAUAUUCCAUUAUAUUUAGCCCAUGUUUGCAAGAUUACAUGUUUUUUAUUAGACAGUACACUUUUAUAUUCUAAUUUUGCCUACCUUAAUAAAGCACCAGUUCAAAUUUUGACUAUAUUCGAUGCAUCGCUCAACUUCUAGCUGCAAUUUCCUUUAUUUAAAACCAUAAACGGAUUAGUAGCUUUCAUAAAUUGAAUAAAACAGCUAGUUUCUUGAGCAAAACCAGUAGAUUAUAUUAUUAUUAUUGUAUUAUUUGUGCUGGUACCCGGCCCUAGUCCUUAGACGUGUUGCGUUUCUGUAAGUUGUGCCAUGCAUAUUUCACUGAGCCACACUGUAGCGUUGAGUCUACCACUUCAGGACCAGCUUUUGUUAUAGUUUGUGAUAAUUUAUCUAGCAGGUAGUUUUUAUUUGUAAUAUUGUCCGUUUAUGGGCAUUUUAAUCUGUCUUCCUGUUGCACACUGAUCCAUAGGAGUAUUUGUACAUUCACAUAAAUUGCAUUGCAUGUUUUAUGUCUUGUUCUUUGACAUACCAUGAGUGCUCAGAACUGUUUUUGAUACCUCACUGUUAACACACUCUGUUCACAUUAUUUAAAACUAUUUAUCAUUCAUAGUUCUGUAAUAAUGGCUUCACUACUGCAGUCUUGAGUGAGUUGUUAUAGCAGUUAUAAUAUAAUAUGAAUUAUAUUAAUCUAAUUUAUGACCGUUUUUCUUUUUUGCACAAGAUAGAAACUCAUAUGUAAGGUUUGACAGUGCACUUUUAAGAGUAUGGAUUUGUUUACACAGUUGGAGCUUUAAAAGAGGAGAGAGGAGAGUUGCAUAUUACAAUCUGAGAGUAAUGUGAACCGAACAUGGCUACUGUGU